AUGUCAAGCAUAUUGCGGCGGUCGGCCGGUCUCGCGCGGGUUGCUAGCAUUUCGCUCAGUGCUUCCGUGCGCACAAGUAUACGAACAACCCGUCUCUUACGCACCUCGCAGUCUGCCUGGGUAACCCAACGUCCUCGUUACUAUACCGACAAGAAGCCCGACGAUUCCGACACUAGCAACAAAACUAGCCAGAAUGGAGCGCCUCCGUCUAAAAACCCCGACUCGAAGCCCGAAAUGCAAAGUUCCGACUCGCCGGGUCCAACUAAGGGAGAGGCACCGACAACACCUCUUGAAGGAAAAGAUAGUAGGCCACCACUACCAGAGGGCUGGGUGUAUCUCACCGACGAGGAGCUGAAAAUGCUCGAAUGGAACAUUCCGGGUCUCAAGACUAUUGAUAAAAAAAUACUCAAGAGUAUGAAAAGAACGGGGGUGCCAGCGCAGAUACAGGAAAUGAUCAAGAAAGCAAGAGACGGAACAGUCACACUUUCAGAUGUUGGUAGGGCAAUGAAGGUUAUCAACACCUGGGCUAUUCAACUUAAGGAACGCAUGGACAGCAUGGAAGAGAUGGACGACAUGGACAACCAAAAGCCUCAGGAUACUGCGUCCAAGCGCACUAACUCGAACAGGUCUCGGGAGGACGAGAAAACAUCGCGACGGUCGAAACAGGAACAACACGAAAACCAGGAGGGCUCCAAACAGGGCGAAAGGGACUUUAAUGGAUUUAAGUCGAACAACCCGAAUAGACCGCGUCCCCCUCCACCCGACCAAAAUAAUCCUCUGAAGGGAAACGACUGGAUAACAACAAUCUUGGCUUCGGCUGUUUGCUUUUGGCUUUAUAACGCCUUAUUCGAGAGUAAUGGCCGGGAGAUCACAUGGCAAGAGAUGAGGAAGAACUUUUUGGAGAAGGGCCUCGUCGAAAAAAUGACCAUUCAAGGUCACGUAGUCCGCGUCGACCUAAAUCGGGAUGCGACGCAAUCGAUAUAUCCAGAUUCGGUCGCGGCUCGCCCUGGUUUUCAUUACUACUUCACUAUUGCCUCUGCCGACGCCUUCGAAAAGCGUCUAGAAGACGUUCAGAACGAGCUCGGAAUCCCUACAAGCGAGAGAAUACCCGUGAGCUAUGCUGCCGAGAACCCGCUCUUUAACAUCGUACUGGCGUUCGGGCCCACGCUAGCGCUUGUCGGCCUGCUCAUCUGGGCUUCCCGGCGUGGUCCUGGUGCUGGUGGCGGGUCGAGCGGCAUUUUUGGGUUUGGCAAGAGCAAGGCAAAGCGUUUUAGCCACGAGACGGCGAUUAAGGUCAAAUUCGCAGAUGUCGCUGGUAUGGACGAAGCUAAGCAAGAGAUUAUGGAGUUUGUCAGCUUCCUCAAGAAGCCAGAAAAGUUCCAGAAACUUGGCGCAAAGAUUCCGCGCGGCGCAAUUCUUGCUGGCCCCCCCGGAACAGGUAAGACGUUGCUUGCAAAAGCCACCGCCGGUGAAUCAGGUGUACCGUUCUUUUCCGUAAGCGGCUCAGAGUUCGUCGAGAUGUUUGUGGGUGUCGGUGCGUCUAGGGUCAGAGAUCUUUUCGCCACGGCACGCAAGAAUACCCCAUGCAUCGUCUUCAUCGACGAGAUUGACGCUAUUGGUAGAUCUCGUGCAGAUGGUCAACGGUUCGGAGGUAACGACGAACGAGAAGCCACACUUAACCAAAUCCUCACAGAGAUGGAUGGCUUCAACACUACCGACCAAGUUGUCGUUCUCGCUGGUACCAACCGAGUCGAUAUCCUAGACAAAGCCUUGAUGCGACCUGGACGUUUUGAUCGGCACAUUAACAUUGAUGCCCCGACAAUGAAAGGACGGCAAGACAUCUUCAAAGUUUAUCUUAAGAAGAUUGUAACUACGGAGGAAAUUGAAUAUCUAAGUGGCCGACUCGCAUCUCUGACCCCAGGCUUCGCCGGUGCGGAUAUUGCAAAUUGUGUAAAUGAAGCCGCCCUCAUUGCCGCAAGAAGUAGUGCUUCGUCAGUCACACUGGCGCACUUUGAGCAUGCCAUUGAGCGUGUCAUUGGCGGCCUGGAGCGCAAGUCGCUUGUUUUAGAUCCGAAAGAGAAGAGGACCGUAGCCUAUCACGAGGCAGGGCACGCUAUCUGCGGUUGGUUUUUCAGAUAUGCCGAUCCCUUAUUGAAAGUUUCGAUCAUACCUCGAGCUAGGGCUCUAGGAUAUGCGCAGUACUUGCCAGGAGACGCGUAUCUAAUGAGUCAAGAGCAACUUAUGGAUCGAAUGGCCAUGACAUUAGGAGGUAGAAUCUCGGAAGAAAUCCACUUCACUACGGUGACUACGGGGGCUAGUGACGAUUUUGACAAGGUAACCCGAAUGGCUACUUCCAUGGUAACGAAAUGGGGUAUGUCAGACAAGGUCGGCCCGCUACAUUUCCGGAACGAUGAGAGUAGGGUGUAUAAGCCUUUCUCGGAACAGACGGGUCAAACGAUCGACGCAGAAGUGAGACGGAUUGUUGAGCAGGCGUACAAGAAGUGCAAAGAUCUCCUGUUAGAAAAGAAAACGGAAGUGGGAAUCAUCGCGGAAGAGCUGUUGAAAAAGGAGGUAUUGGUUCGAGACGACAUGGUUCGAUUAUUAGGACCUCGACCUUUCGAUGAUAGAGAGGACUUUGCCAAGUAUUUCGGUGGCGAAGCCAGUAAGGCGCCACCGGGGCCGCCCCCACCACCAUCAUCACCGGAGCUCCCUGAUGCUCCGGAACCUCCUUCUAGUCCUGCAUUAUUUAAGGAAGAUAACGGCAACGGCAACGGCGAGAUUGGGAGGUAACGGGUCCCUUUUGUAUAUACGACCUCAUAUCACGGACGGGAGUUGUCGAGGGCUAUUGUCAUGAUUUAUGACGACUCGAAGCUCUCAACUCAUUCAAUGUAUGUUCUAUAACUAACGAGAAAGGGGAAAAGCAUACAAUGAUGCCGAGACCUGCACAUACUGUACAAUACCAGAUAAGAGUCUCAUAAUCGCAAGGCACUGGCGUUUGGACGUUAAAAGAAAAGAAACAAAACCAGAGUUCAGAGUUCAGAGCUCCAACGAACGUGCCGAUGACGCACUCCCGUUCCCUCAUUUGCCCCCCCGGUUGCGGUUCUCUUGGUUGCUGUGGGGAAACGACCCGGCAAGGGUCGAGGUAGAACUAAACCAAGUAGAGAAUAACCGCGGAACCAUGGAAAGGUUAUCUACAUCCUCGAUUAGCUAAUUGUGCACCUGUAGACUUUUAAGCGGUAGAUACACCGCCGGUUUAGGAUAAACUAUUGGUAGGUAUUUUCACAGCAACUCGCGGCGAUUCGACACUUCGCGAAUGAGCAUUGAUUUACUCGUUGAGGUUGUUGGUAGUUGGGUAUCACCCGACGUGUCUCUUAGAUAUGGACAUUGCCUGAGACUGGACUUGCUUUUCAUUUUGGCUAAUACUUUAUUGGAAAUCUUUCUCUUUCCGUAGCUGAGACCCUUGGGCCGGGUAAUUCUUUGU